CAUCUGAGCUCGAGCAGAUAGAUGGCGUAGCGACAUUGCUAACCGAAUUCAGCCGCUUUAGCCCUCCCCUCAUUGUUUUACUGAAUAAGAGGAGGAUACAACACAACAUGUAAUAUUUGCUGACGGGAAACUGAGAGCACAGACUCAAUUUGAGCUGUUUUGUUGUUGAACGAGGUAUUAAAAGCGAGUAAUGUAGGGCGGAUGUUGUAUCGUAAAAGUACUAGCAGCUUGCUAGCGCUUCAUAUAUGUGUUUGUAUGUGUGUAUGUGUGUGUGAACCCGGGACGUGCAGAGCCCUUUUUUUACUCUAUAUCACUCCACGAAAGAAAAGUGCAGGCAAAUUUGCUCGGCUAAGCAAAUAUCAAAAGUCGCUGGCUUGGAUUUUGGCUCGUUUUAUGAGCAAGAAGAGAAGAGAGGAGCAGUAAACUUGACUCAGGAAUGACGGACAUUGCUGCAGUGCUGCCCAAUUCAUACAUGUCUGAUUGAGCAGAGGGGUAAGCAAGUCAGUGCAUCGACGCUCAGACGGAAUGAUCCAGCAGGGUGAAUAAGAGGAGGAAGAAGGGGGGAGAGGAUGGGUGUGAAUGCCUCCAGCUACCCUCACUCGUGCUCCCCUCGAUUUGGGGGAAACCCACAGACCCAGCAGACCUUCAUUGGCGCCUCCUAUGCACCACAGGGUUAUGGCGGAGAGUCCAAGCUCUACAGCCUAGAACAUGGCCCUGAAAAACCUCAGGACAAGAAGAAAAAGAGCUCUGGUUUGGCCACGCUCAAGAGGAGAUUCAUUAAGCGACGCAAGUCGAGUCGGUCGGCUGAUCAUGCACGGCAGAUGCGAGAGCUCCUCUCCGGGUGGGAUGUACGUGAUGUCAACGCUCUGGUGGAGGAGUAUGAGGGCACAGCAGCUCUCAAAGAGCUCAGUCUGCAGGCGGGCUUGGCCCGACCUGAAGCUCGAACCCUACAGCGUGAUUUGGCUACCCUUUAUCAGCACAAGUACUGCACUGACGUGGACCUGAUCUUCCAGGAUUCCUGCUUCCCAGCACACCGGGCCAUUCUGGCCACCCGCUGCCCAUUCUUCAAAACCCUGCUAUCGUCAUCACCAGGUUACGGGGCAGAGGUGUUGUUAGAUGUUGGGACCGCAGGCAUGGAUGCACCCAUGUUCUCCUCUUUGCUACAUUACCUCUAUACAGGUGAGCUGGGCUCCGAUGACGCAAGGUUGCAGAACGUGGAUGUGCUGGUGAGACUAAGUGAGGAGUUCGGUACGCCCAACUCCUUAGAAGCUGACAUGCGAAAUCUCUGCGAGCAUAUGCCCUAUUUUGACUCACUGCUGAGCUUUUCCUCGGAUUCUGAGUUGGUGGAGGCUUUCGGAGCAGGUGGACCUGCUCCUAGCAGUAUGGGAAGUGGAAACAUAGGGGCGAGCCAUGGCUCACCUGAUGAGGAGCUGAGGGCCCACAAAGCCGUACUGUCAGCACGCUCGCCAUUCUUUCGCAACCUGCUGCAACGACGCAUUCGCUCGGGUGAGGAGAUCACAGAGCGCACUCUGCACACCCCCACCCGAAUCAUCCUUGAUGAAUCGAUCAUUCCCAAGAAAUACGCCCGUGUGGUCUUGCACUGUAUGUAUACGGAUGCAGUGGACCUUUCUCUGGUGCUGCGCGGGAGCCCUUCCGAAGGCAGUCUGGGUGAAGUUCAGGCACUGGUGGCUGGAAGAGGAUGCAUGAGCCGGGCUGAAGAGGCCAUGGAGCUCUACCACAUCGCUCUCUUCUUGGAGUUCAGCAUGCUAGCUCAGGGCUGUGAAGACAUUGUGGCAGACAGCAUCUCUCUGGACUCGGUGGUGGCCAUCCUGAAGUGGAGCUCACAGCCCUAUGGGUCUAAAUGGGUUCAUCGGCAGGCCAUGCACUUCCUGUGUGAGGAGUUCAGCCAGGUCAUGACCUCGGACGUCCUCUACGAGCUGAGCAAGGAGCACCUACUGGCGGCCAUUCAGUCUGACUAUCUGCAGGCCAGUGAGCAGGACAUCCUGAAGUAUGUUGUAAAGUGGGGCGAACACCAGCUCAUCAAGAGGAUGGCUGAUAGAGAACCUAACCUGUUAAGUGGUACUGCACAUAGUGUGAAUAAACGUGGCGUGAAAAGAAGGGAUCUGGACCUAGAAGAGCUUAAAGAGAUUCUCUCUCCGCUGCUGCCUUUCGUCCGAACUGAGCACAUAUUACCUGCCAACAGUGAGGUCCUCUCUGACACGAUGAAGAGGGGUCUGAUCAGCACCCCUCCAUCUGACAUGCUGCCCACAGCAGAGGGAGGCAAAGCCAACGCCUGGCUCCGGCAGAAGAGUGCUGGCAUUUAUGUGCGCCCACGCCUCUUCUCUCCUUAUGUGGAGGAGGCCAAGGCGGUUCUGGAGGAGAUGAUGGUUGAGCAGACCGAUCUGGUUCGGUUGCGCAUGGUUCGUAUGUCCAACGUGCCUGACACACUGUACAUGGUGAACAAUGCCGUCCCCCAGUGCUGUCACAUGAUCAACCACCAGCAAAUGGCUGGCAGCCAAUCAGCUCCGCCGUCUGUGGUUGCUAAUGAGAUACCAGUGCCCAGGUUGGCAGUAGUGAAGGAAAUGAUCCGUAGGCUGCAGGAGCUGCGUCACACAGAUCAGGUGCAGCGAGCAUUUGCUCUGAACUGUGGUGAAGGCGCUACAGUGAGCUAUGAGCUGCAGAUCCGUGUGCUCAGAGAGUUUGGCCUGCCAGACGGGGCUGCUGAACUCCUACAGAAUCCGCACAAAUUCUUUCCUGAGGAACGUUUUGGAGACGAGAGUCCCGUUUUGGCCCUGCGCCAGUCAGGUCGCUGCCGGGUCAAUAGUACACCAGCUGUGGAGAGCAUGUUCACAGACCUGGAGGCUCUGGUGGGCUUCCACCCCCCUCUGCCCCCACCUCCUCCCCCCUACCAUCCCCCCACCACCCCGGGCCAUGGCCAGCAGCAAUUUAAAGCAGGCUGGAGACCUCGGGUCCCCAGCCAGCCUCCUUCCAGAUCUUUCUCCUACCCCUGCAAUCAUGCACUCCUUCACAGGCAGGCCUCUUCCAAAAUGGGCAGCCCAGUCUAUCCUCCUGGAGCCAAGCCUCUGCCCCCAGACUGCACAAAUGCACAGGGAGGGAGGAAUCUUCAUCCUGACAAGCAAAUGAAUAUGGAGCCUGUUAUCAACGAGUUCAUGCCGGACAUCGCCAUGGGUGUUUCAGCAAUGACCCUAAAGGAGCGGCGGCUUCCAGAGGUCUCUAUGGAGGUGGAGAGUCAUGAACCUUCUCACCCUCACCUUUCCACAGCUCCUCCAAUGUCCCACAGCUACUCCAACCGUCACCCACACUCUUCCCGCAAGCGGCACGCAGCCGAACCCAAGCCAGAGGGUCCGCAGCCUGACUUCCCAGAUCUCUACGAGUUCCCAGGGCGCCAUGUGCCUCCAUACAGUGGGCCAGAUCUCUACAUCCACGGGCGUCAGGCAGGCGGAGGAGCACCUCCUCCAUCCUACUCUGAGGCUUCAGAAUCGCUUCGCCUGGAUGUGCUGGAACAGCCUCCACAAAGACUAGACUUGGCCAUUGUCUCACAAGGCAGUGUUGUGCAAGCCAUUCAGAGGCCACGGCCUAUAAACGAGACUGACCUCACCUGUGGGCUCGGCCCUUCCACAGAACAGUAUGAGGAAUGGCCCACGGGUCGACGACCCCCUCCUGAGGGAAUAGGGUUGGGUUUAGGGGCAAACGUAGGGACUGGGGAUGAGGGAGGGUUGGGGGCGCGAGACCGCAGAUCCCCCAAUAAACCCGAAUACCCCUACAGGAAGUCUGCUCUCUGACCCCUGAUAAAAAGAGACUGAAGACUGAUUCAAAUACUAAGUGUAAGCUAACAGGUGAGGCACCAGCAGUCCUGCACUUUGUGUUCUUUCAAAGGCUGACAGUAUCUUGAAGUGAUGAACGCCCAUAAGCUACUCGAGUGGCUGCUUUUCUGAUGACUGAAGGGAGAUGUCAUGUGAAACUGCUCUAGAUUGCUUUGAAACCUAGUCGAGAGUAAGGAGAGCUUGGUUUGGUUGUGCGCACACCAUGAAAAGAGGUCAAAAAUGCAAAAUGUUUGAGUCUGAGGGAUCUGAACAACCAUGGAAGUCAUUUUGGCAAACCUGCGCGUUCUGGUCCUUCAUUUUUUUGUUUUGUUUUUUUCUUCCACAUGCUGCAGAUUAAUGUACGGAUGUUGCAGCAUAUUUCUUUUACUUCUACUUUCCUUGAAUAGACUAGGGUGACUGGAGAGAUAUAUAUAUUUACUUAGAUGCACGGAUUUUGUUCCUUAGGAGUAAAUUGAAAAAAUAUGAAGGCAAUAAGUUGCUAACUCAUUACUUUGUCUAGUCCUUGACAAACGGCUCCUUCUUCUUCUGAGGGCAGAGUGGCAGUAAUAGCUCGUGUAAUCCGCCGCAUUUGCCGGCUUUUACAUUAGCCUGUGCAAUUUAAAAGCCGAGAUGGAACAUAAAAGGGAAAACAAAUGAAAUCCCCUGUCUCCUGUGAGGCAACUUAUCAGGCAUAACAAUGGCACAGAUGCACCAUUAAAUGUGAAUGGGGCUUUGUUUUACUGUUUCACAACCCAGAUCUGCAGAUUCAUCCCAGUGUGUUUUACUUUUAAAAAAAACCCAAAAACAAACACUAUCUGUAGUCUCAAACAAAAAAAUGGCACCCUCUUUUGCAUUCAGAUUCUCUUUCCAAGGCUGCAGUUGAUGCCAUUCCUGAGAGACGGCAAAUGUAGGUUGAUCCUUAUCAGCUUCGUUCUCUAGAAUUGUUCAGGAAUCUCAAUCAAACCAACCUCACGCCACAUCCUCAGUCCUCUGGUUCUGUGGGAUGGCAGCAGUCCAUGGGCACGAGUUCAUUAGCUUUUCUAUGCUAGAUCUGUCAGUAGUAGACCGACAAUUAUGAUGUCAUGAACAGGCUUUGCAAAAAAAAAAAAAAAGAACAAA